CCCAUCAUGAUUGUAAAAAAGUAUUUUUAUUAUACUUUUGUUUAAAAAGAAGGAAUGUGAUUGGCUUGUUAUUGAUGACGUGGUGCAAGUGUGACAGUGUAGAAUUCCUCCCGCUUUAGCUGCCCUGUGCAGACUCGAGAGUCCAACGCAAGCAUCCUCGAGAGUCCAAAGCAAGCAUCCAUCCCUCGAGUCAACGUCCGCGGCCCUUCCGUGCUGGCUGCUUCUGUUGCGCGAUGCGGUUCCUCUCCGGCCGUCUUACAUCAACUCCCAAGUCUCCGUCGGAACCACCAUCCUCAGCUCUGCCUCAACCUCCACCGGCAGCAGCAGAAGUAAAGCCGUUGUCCGAGACCGAAGAAGAAGAAGAAGAAGAAGAAGAAGGGGAGGAUGAGGAGGAUGCUGGGCGGGGGCGGAGGAGGGAAAAUGGAGAAGGCGGAGGUCGGAGUCCCGUGUGCGGAAGCGCGCCGACGACAUCAGCAGGCACUUCCCCGUCGGCCACCAUCAACCUCAGCCGAGAGUACACCCUGGCCAUCCAGACCAACUCCUACAACGAGAUAUGGUCUAAGAUCCACGACGGCGAGGAGGAGGGGGAGGGGGAGGUGGAGGGGGGUGACGGCGUCGGCCGGGUGCUCCAGCCGCACAGGGCGUCUAUCGAGAAGGUUCUGGGUUCGGCGCCGCCCACCCACUUCGCCCGCCUCGUCUCCGACUAUUUGGACAGCAGCGAGCACACCUGCCGGCUUUGCCUCUCUCUGCGGCGCGCUGUGGAGAGCGGCCGCUCCCUCUACCGCCCCAUCAGGGACCUCCUGGAGCUCCUCCCAGCGGGGAGGGGCCUUGAUCCCCACCUGACCCAGGCCCAGUGCGACUGGGCCUUCGACACCUUCCUCCAGUUCGACCGCCUCGACAACCCCUUCCCCGACCCCUCCACCAGCUUCCACUUCCAGGGCACGCGCCGCUGCUUCCGCGAGCUCAAGCAGCAGCUCGACCGCCGGCUCCUCAAGGCCCGCCGCAGGAACCGCUGCACCACCUGGGCCUCCGCCGUCUGCCUCGUCGGCCGCACUGCCGCGCUUGUGCUGGCGGGGCCUGCCUCCUGCUUGCUGGGCCCGGGCCGCGGCCCCGGGCCCGGCAGAUGCGGCUGCUGCUGCGGCGGCGGCGGCGACCUGCUGGGCCACCCCAGGUGGCAGCUGAGGGAGCACAUGGACCAGCUGGAUGCGGCGGCCCGGGGUACUUACGUGCUCCACCACGACCUCGACACCAUCGAGCGCUUGGCGGCGAGGCUGCAUGCCACCGUGGAGAGCGACAAGAUGCUGGUGCGACUGGGUCUGGAGCGCGGCAGGGGACAGCGCCACCCAAUUGAGGAGGUUCUGCGCCACCUCCGCAAGACCCACCCCAGCUUUCGUCACCAGCUCGCCGAUCUCGACGAGCACAUCUGCCUCUACCUUGCCGCCAUCAACCGCGCCAGUUCCCUGCUUCUUGGCCAGAUCCACCGCCACCGCUGCCGCCACCUCACUACCUAAUUCCGUAACGGCUGCAGCCGUCUGCCUCCAGCCUCAUGGUUCCUAACUUCUUUCUUCCAUUGCUGAUCCCUCCCUUCACUUAUUUAGUCCUGAGGUAACUGUCUUGUCCUCAUUGCCGCUCUGCCACAAGGCAUUUUUUAUCCCCAGCCUUGCUUGCAAAAAUUUAGAUCAGGUUGAUAACCUGCCAAUAAAUUGCUUCUCAAAUCACGUGCAAUGCCAUAUUCACUCGAACUGCAUGAUUUCAAUUGCAGCCUUCUCUUACUCCUGAUAGGCUAGAUUUAACUUGUUCCAUUCAUCUCGAAGACAAUGAAGGGGGGAAGAAAGAUCAGAAGACUUUCUGGUAAGUAAUGUUCUCCUAAAACCUGGCUUUUGUGUUAAUUUCUAUACUCUGUUAGCUUGCAAUUGGGUUUAUAAUUAAGAAAGAUAGAAUGUAAUAUAGGUCCAAAGAAGCUUCAGCAUUGUAAACACAUAGAGGUGAAGUAAGAUUCUGCUUUCCAAAUAAGAAGUUAUGCAAAAAGACUACCAUUCAAAGUAGUUAAUUUUGCAAGAAAGCUGUUUUUCUUCGGAUAUUUUUAUUCGCUAACUUGCAGUAUCAUAGUUCUUGUACUGAAUCCUUACCUGAUAAAAUAAAAAGAAUUCAUCAGCAAUCUCACGUACUUGAUAGGAUGCUACAAAUAUGCAGCUGCAGUGUUCACAAACACUGCAAAUUUGUCAAAGUAUCUUCUUUCCUUCCACUCGAGCAUACAAGGCAUGGUAGUAUAGAUGUGCUGACUUGGUUGCUACCAAAAAUUCUUGUCACAAGAUAUCAACCGGAGAUAAGGAAUCUCAAUGUUAAAGAAUACGAAAGAAACCACAUGGUAAUGCGACGAUGAUAAAAUAAGUUGUCAUUGCUUAUCUUCCAAAAUUUGUGAAGUGCUUCUUGAUCUUCCAUUUAACCAGUGUUAUUGAGCUAUAUAAAGAGCAAACCAGAAAAGGAACCAAAAUAGCUCAGAUUAGGGUGGCAAGAAGAUUUAAGUUCUAAAAUGAGUACCCAAAAGUUUUCCUCUCAACAUAGGUGCCACUUGUGAAAUGCAAAAGCAGCUUGGCUGAAUGUGUUGAAGUUUCAAAGCGUAAUGUGUGCAAAUGUACACUUACAUGGAAAUGCUUUGAUGUUGUAAUCAGUGUCUCUAUAACUUCAGAACUUGUUACACUGCACUGAUUCAUUGGAAAUAUUUUGAGGAUGGCAAGAAAAGCUAGGCAUCUCUUUGGCAUUGCUGCUAGUGUUGAGACAAGAUUUUCAUAUUCACAGUGAUCAAUAUAGAAACACAGAGGGUUAGUACUUUGUUUUGGAAUGGAAAUUUCUGUCUCCUAGGGAAGAAAAGGGGGGAAGGAGGAAAGAUGCAGCUUUUCAGAUUUUCUUCAUGGCAUUGCACAGCAAGAUCAAGUAUUAAUACAUUAAUACAUUCCAUUUGAAAUUGUAGAAUGACACGAAUGUUGUACCUACUACGAAAGAUCCUAAUUCACUUGGUAAUGAAGCAGCUAUUAAUAAUGGCGUUUGGGAUGCCUCAAAACAUUCGGAAGCUUCUAGAGGCGGCUACUUGUUUCGACCAUUUCUAUAGUAUUAAGUUAUAUUAAAAAGUGCUCAUGAUCUGCGCUGUAAAUUUUGACAUUUCGAAGUGUACCUGUGAUCGUGACAUGAAGGUUAAACUAGCAAAUCCAUGAUGCUCAAACAGAAACGAGAAUCAAUUUUUAGCAUAUCCCUUUCUGUUUAUCUAGAAUAAAUUUUCUUUUUUCUUUUUUUCAA